GGGCCGUCCUCCUAAAGCCAAAACUCACGCCCAUGUAAAUGUUGCUUGUGUCAUGAUUUCCCUCCAAAAGCAGGCCAGGAUGCGGUGCCACUGGUCUGCUGGAUGCACUGAGGUGUGUCUAAGUGACACUGACCUGUACGCUGGUAUAAAACGACACCAGGCUUCUCUCCAGCACCGACACAUCUGACUUGACGUGACAACAGGAGCAAAGAUGGGGAGGAAAGGCUGCUCUGCGCUCGUGCUUCUCCUCCUCUUUAACGUUGUGGCCUGGAUGGAAGCUGAGGUUCAAAAAACAAUUUUCUUUCCGUCUCAGAAGCUGCCAUGGGAGAAAGCAAGACUGUACUGCCAGAAGUACUACAUAGACAUGGUCACCUGGGACACGGUGGACCCAAACGUGCUGACGACGCUGCUGCUGAAAGAGGGGUUCACUAAUGUCUGGAUUGGUUUACACCAGGAUCCUGAGGAGUUAUUGGUCUGGAGGUGGAUCAAUGUGAAAACUGGUGAAGGCUUGACUGGUGAUGAAGUCUCUGGCAGCAGGAACUGGGUCUUGGGACAGGCAUUCGGCGCCAGCUGUGGCUCCUACAACAGCCUCACCAAAAAGUGGGAAAGCUCCCUCUGCUCUUUAGAGCGGUCCUUCAUCUGCUACGCUGACAACCUGGUUGUAGUGACUGAGGACAAAACCUGGGAGGAGGCUCUGAAUCACUGCAGGGAAAUGACAAACGCGUCCUUCAAAUACGACCUCCUGAGCGUUACCAACUCGUCUGACUACGGCUACGUCAGCGAUCGGAUCUACAGAGCCACCACCGACGAGGUUUGGACAGGAUUGCGUUUCCUGGGAGGGGAGUGGUGGUGGUCCGACGGAGACACGUUGGACCACCGGGAGAUGCUGCCGGACUGUCCGAGCCAGUGGCAACACUGCGGGACCGUCUCCAAAUAUAACAUAACUAACUGGACCAGCAGGGACUGCUCAGAAAGAAGAAACUUCAUCUGCUCUUAUGAAGAAGUUGUAAAUGAGGAUGAUUUGCCCUCUAGAAAUGAAUAGGUCCAUGCUUGCUUUCUGCACACGCAGGCUUUUGUUCUGAUAGACGAAUCGUAUUUAUUAGAAAAGUUCAGGAAUGUCCAAAAUGCCAUUUUCUUCACUCGCACGGGGAGAUCAGAGAUGUUAUGUCACCUGCAUGUAUUACGGCUGAUUUCAGGGCUGAGAAGCAUGAUUUGGAUGAACAUUCAUUGGGAACAAGCUUGACGUAUGUCAUUAAAUUUGACCCGUUGGUUUCUUUCGUACGGCCGCACCGAGGCACAGUGGUUAAGACUUUAUGCAACAAUAACUUUUCAUGUUCUUCCAGCAUGCGUCCUCAAAGGACACUGAUAUGUACAUGUUUGGGUGACUUGGUCUCUCUCGAGUGAGCGUGGCUGUUUCUAUUGUGUGCAGAUUUCAGCUUCAUUACAUGCAACUCAGUUAAGUUUCAUUUAGUUUGACUACACUGAAUCAAAACCCGUUGAGUUCAUCUGAGCUGAACCGAAUCAGUCUGAUUUGAACUGAACUGAAUUAAUGAAAGCUAAUUUUUUUUGUUAUUAAUCUAAAGUAAAAUGACCUGAAGGGAAUUGAUUUCAAUAGAGCUGGACUGAAAUCAACAGAGUUUAUUUGAAUUCAACUAAACCGAAUUAAAAUUGUAUGAAUGAACGUUUAGCACUAAACCAAAGUUUGUAACUUGGUCUUGAAUCUUCAGUUUACCUAUUUUUUAUUUUAUUUUUUUGCAUGCACUGUUUUCUUAUAAUAUUAGUGUGAUAAUUAGAUAUACAAUAGCUGUAAUUUUGACUGAAUUAAAGAAGAAACCCAACAGUGUGUCCUAUGUUGCUUGUGUAUCUUGAGAUCAAU